AUGGGGCAGCAAGAUUCUGGGGAAGCCGUGUACCAGAAAGCGCAGCGUGGUACGUCCAUCCACAAGUUCUCCCCCUUCUGGGGCCUGACGUCACUCCUCGGAUGGCACCAUCUGGUGCCGUUUAGCGCUAGCUGUCCUCCUCCUAUGCCAGCCGUACGCGAAUUCUCGCAGCCGGGCAAAGUUCGCCUCCGAAGAGACGAGAUCGGAGUACCAGUUAAUACGGUUACGAUCCCUGUUCGGGCUGAUAAAUGUGCGACGUCCUUCAUUCCACUUAAUAUCUUAUUUUUACUAUUUACAAAGAAGUGCCUACUUCCAGCUCUACCAUACGGCCAGCUGCCAAUAUACGAAGAAGAUGGCCGGGUCCUCAACCAGUCCAUAGCCAUUGCGCGGUACGUGGCCAGCCAGACCGGUCUAUUGCCGACAGACCCGUGGGAACAAGCAAAGUUAGAUGCUGCGGUGUUGACCAUCUAUGACCUUAUUAAGAAACUCGCGACAUUCUUUUACGCUCAAGACCCAGAAGAGAAGGAGAAACUUAAAAAGCAGGUGCUUGAAGAUGUAGAUUACUACUAUUCUAGAUUUGAGAAAGAAUUGCAUGCGGGUGGUGGAUAUUUCGGUGGAAAGUUAUCCUGGGCAGACUUCAUUUUAGUGAACACUACUGAGCUACUCAACCUACAACUCAAUCAGACAGUAAACACUAAGUACCCUGCGAUAACAGCUCUUAUAUCUGAGAUAUACGCAAACCCAGGAGUCAAGGAGUACUUGGCUAACAAAAAAUCUUCCGCUCCUGUCAGUUAAAGUUAAUACAGUAUUUGUAAGUUGUAUGGUAUAUUAAAUGA